CCGCCUCCAAUUCUACUGCGGGCAUGACGUCGGUGCGGUUCACCCCACUGAUUGGUGCGCAUACAGACGACCCACUGUGCUACCUGUUAGAGAUCGAUGACACGUGCAUCCUUCUCGACUGCGGAUGGACGGAUGCGUUUGACGUGGAGAUGCUCGAGCCGCUGAGGCAGGUGCUCCCGCGGGUCAACUGCGUCCUCGUCUCACAUGCCGACUCGGCACACCUUGGCGGCCUGCCCUACGUGGUCGGCAAGAUGGGCCUCGACGUGCCGAUCUACGCCACGCUCCCAGUGUACAACAUGGGACUUCUCCACAUGUAUGAUGUAUUCCUCGCCAAGGAUGCGGUCUCGGACUUUGACAUCUUUUCGCUCGACGACGUCGACACCGCCUUUGACCUCAUGGUCAAGCUCAAGUACACCCAGCACGUGACGCUGAGCCGGGGCAAGGCGUCGACGGCGCCGGGCCUCGAGUCGACCAUCACCAUCACGCCGUACGCAGCCGGGCGGACGCUCGGUGGAACGGUGUGGAAGAUUACCAAAGACACCGAGGAGGUGGUGUACGCCGUCGACUACAACCACAAGAAGGAGCGUCACUUGGACGGCACGCUCCUGGAAACGCUGACCCGACCGUCGCUGCUUAUUUCCAACGCGCUCGGUUUUACCUCGGGCGUGGGCCGGAAGCGCAAGGCACGCGACAAGCUGCUCCUCUCCUCGAUCACGUCGACGCUGCGCUCUGGUGGCAACGUUCUUCUGCCCAUCGACUCGUCGCUGCGAGUCCUCGAGCUUGCGCUCCUGCUGUCGCAGUUUUGGCAGUCGCAGAAGCUUGCGCAGUACGGCCUUGUUCUCUACUCGCACUCGUCGUACUCGGUCGCCAUGCAGGCCCGCUCGCAGCUCGAGUGGAUGUCCGACACGUUGCAGCGGCUGUUUGACGAGUCGCGGUCGAACCCGAUGGACCUCCGCUACCUGCACAUUGCCCACUCGCCUGAGGACCUUGACGCCCUGCCGCGCCCGAUGGUCAUCCUUGCCUCGCACCCGUCGCUCGAGGCUGGGCCGGCCCGCGACCUGUUUGUGCAGAUGGCGCCAAACCCAGCCAACCUGGUUGUCCUUACCCAACCGGCCCGGCGCGGCUCGCUCGCGGCCACGCUGGCGUCGCCGGCCGGCCCACCCGCCUCGGUCGCGCUUCGUCUCCACAAGCGCAUUCCGCUGCAAGGCGAGGAGCUUGAGCGCGCCCUGCGCGUCCGCGAGCAAGAGCGCAGUGAGGCUGCCACAGCCGCUGCCGCCGCUGCCGCCGCCGCCCUCAACCCCGAAGACGAGCUCCUCGACACGCUCGAGACCAUGGACAUGGGCUCGGACGACGAGGGCGCCGGCGGCGCCGGCUCGCGCCUCGCCUCGUUCGACCUCAUGGACACGGUUGUCGGCCCGUACGGCGCCAUCGUCGACACCUCGAUCUACGCCCGCGGCGAGUACAUGGCCGACGCCAACGACGCGUCGGGUCAUUCGUUCACCGGCGGCGCAAACUCGAAGCAGGCCGAGCCGGGCCAGACCGGUGCUGGAACCAACCCGGUCCACGGUUCGUCGAUGGAGGCGCCAGUCGACGCCUCCAUCUCGGGCAUGGACCUCGAGGAUCCUCUGGAGAACCGGACGCCGACCAAGUGCAUCUCGUGGGACGCCGACGUCCAGAUCCGUGCUUCGAUCCUCUCGCUCGACUACUCGGGCCGCUCCGAUGGACUCUCGAUGAAGAAGAUUGUCGAGCACGUCGAGCCGCGGCGCCUCAUUGUCGUCCACGGCAACGACGCUGAGACCGCAGCCAUGGUCGAGUACUGCAAGGCGGCAGGCAUCGCCAAGGAAGGCGUCAUGGCUCCAGCCGUGGGCGAGUCGGUUGACCUCUCGUCGCAGUCGGCCUCGCACAAGAUUGUGCUCCAGGACGCUAUGACCUCGCACCUCACCUACCAACAGGUCGACGACUACCAAGUCGCCUACUUUGACGCCGUCGUGGCGCAGCCCGACCCGCACGGCCUGCCCAUCCUCGAGCCCAACCCCGACGCGCCUGGCCACGACCCCAUCUUUGUGGGCGACGUCCAGCUCAACACCCUGCGCCAGAUUCUCGCUGCUGCAGGCUACGCCGUCGAGUUUACCGUCGACAAAGUGCUGGUGUGCAACGACAAGGUCGGCAUCCGCAAGCUCGCCACCGGCGAGUUUGCUGUCGAAGGCGUCUUUUGCGACGAGUACUUUGAGAUCCGCUCGCUCGUCUACGAGCAGUUCCGCCAGUUCUAA